CUUACCUUACCGUUAACCGGGAAGCAAGUAAUGCAAUAGAAAGUGGAGUAUGGCGGGGACCGCGAUAAACAAAUUGAUAAUGAUAAACAAACUUUAUAUGCAUCUGCGCUUCAUCGAUUCCCGAAAGAAAAGCAGAAGAAAAAAUGUUUCAAUAAUUCCACGUCGAUUUCUUCUGGUUCUUUCUAUUAGAUUCUAGGGAUUGAUUGAUUGCUUGAUUGAUUUAGUUCAUUGAUUGCAGAGCGGAGCACUCAGAGCUGGAUUUUCUCGUUGCUUAAUACGUUACAUUACAUAUACUUAGUAUCAAUAUCUAGAACGGUGAACUUUACUAUCGACAAAGUCAAUGUGGUUGAGGUUGAGAUACUGCCACUAGAAGUAAAGAAGGAACGAUCAGUUUCAACAUCCAGAAGACGAAUAAGAUUCCUACUGAAAAGAAAGAAUAUUAUUACCUAGUAUUCUAUUUUAUUCUCGGGGGUUUUGCCCAAAAAAACAAAGAAUCAGAACUCUCCACCAUAUAAAGAAACAUCCAUAAGCAAGCCACUCUCCAACCUCUCCUCUGUCUCUCGCUCAAAAUGGAUAUUCUGGCUCUCAUCCAAGCUAAUCCUAUCGUCAACGAUAUCUACCAACAUCUCGCGCCCUACCUAAUGCAAGCAUAUCCCUAUCUCCUGCGCGCCUAUCCGCUGCUGCACAGCACCUACAGCUCUCUCUUCAGCAAAAUCCUGCAUCCCCUCUACCUCUUCACCAUAACGCACAUCAUGCCACUGUUGCUCCCCUUCCUCGAAGCCACGCUCAAAGUCGCGAGUCAGAGUCCGGGAAUCGCGGUCGUGGUGGGGGUUUUGGCCGUGGUCUGGUUUAUAUUUUUCCUGAUGAGUUUGAUGCGCAGGAUGGUGGCGUGGGGGUUGCGCAUGGUGUUUGGAUUGGUGUUUUGGGGGGUGUUGGGCGGAGUGGCGGUGAUGGUUUUGCAGAGGGGGGUGGGGAGGACUGGGGGGGAAUUGGUCGAGGGGGGGAGAUGGAUGCUGGAUGUUUUUUGGAGUGAGUAUUUGAAGGCGAGGAGGGAGCAGGAGAUGAGGAGGUGAAGGGUUGGUUUGGUGGGGAGGUCUUUUUGUGAUAUUGUGGGUUGGUGGGUUUGAUUGGCGUUUAGAUUUGGGUUGGGUUUGGAUGGGUUUUGUGAUGAUAUGUGAGGGAAAUGGAGAAUAGCAAUGGAGAGGAAGAGAUGGGUGGGUGGUGAGGGAAUGCAUUGGAUAGAAGGGUACAUGCUUCGGAGCAUCAGCAAUGGUUGGAUGAGCGUUGUAAUUACCGCCUGCCAUCAGCGAAUGGGGCAACUUUAACAAUGAACAUGAUACGACGUUAGGCGGACAUUGGCAUAUCAUGAAGAGCAAGCUCAUGAAAGAAAAAACAACAUUU